AUGAAUCCAAGUGAAAAGUCGCCAUUUCUUUUUGUCUAUAGACUAAUUAUCUUCUUAAUUUUAAUUCUUCUCGUUUUUUAUGGAAUUUAUUCGUUAGACAAUCGAACAAAACUCGAAAUUUCAGUUAAAACUGUUGAGAAAAAAGAAGAUCGCAUCGUAUCUCCAUUUACUCAUACUCUCGGUUUCAUCCGUUGGAAUUCCGCGUUUGUCAAUCGGAUUCCUUUAAUGGAAAGAUAUCGUCCAUUCUUCUAUGAACUACAUUAUUCCAUUCCGAAUUACGCGACAAAAUUGAACUUAACCGUUGAUGGUUUAGUCUCCAUAUCUUUUCCUUAUAAAAUGGUUAGUGAAACAAUGACGAUUAUUUUGAAAGAGCGUCCGGAAAUCAACGGAAUUCUUUUCUUUCAUUUCGAUGCGUGGAUCAAUCCAUUCAAAUUUCACGAUAUGAACUUUGAAAACAUCUGGUUUCUUGAUGGUCCAUUACCUCCGUUUAGAUGUGUAACAACAACAGCGGGAUGGGAUUGGUGGGCAUGGACAAAUGGACUUCAUAAUAUUGCGAAAAAAGCUACGGAAAUGGUCGCGAAAAACUAUUCGAAUCGUUACGUCACAGAUUCAAACGUUUUCUGCGGAGGAUGGUCUGAUAUUUAUUAUAUUCCUCGACGAUUUUUCAAGGCAUUUAUUGAGUUAGCAGAUAUAUUUCAUCGUGCUGAUUCUUUUCAUGAAGUUGCAACUCCAACGAUAAUGAACAUUAUUGAUUUAACGUAUCGUUUAACUCCACAUCAUAGUGUUAUCACAAGACUUGGAGAUUGUUGGGGAAGUUGUUGCGCAUCGGGUGCUCAGCCUGUUGAUAUUAAAUAUAAAAGAUGUGGACAUCGAAUGGAUUUGAAUAAUCAAGAAGUUACAAAAACAUUUUUAGAGCUAUUAAAUUCACAACUCGUUUUUAUGAACAAAACUAUUUUGAAUAAACCUACUUAA